AUGCCCACCGCGGAGAAAGCAGUGCUACACGACCAAUAUGACCCGGUCGGUCUGCCGGACUACGACCGAGAAUUCAUUAAACCGGAAGAGCUGAAAGCAUUCGAGAAGGCAUUGCAUGCCCCAGAGGCGUCUCCAUUGGUAGCUAUCAACGACUGGCGCCCGAUCAACCAACGCGUGCGCAAAACCCGUGGCCGUCGGAAGGCCCCGAAGCGAAGCAAAGACGAAACAAGGGAAGGAGUGUUAUACACCGUGUUGAAGUGGCCGUUUUUGUUCACCGUUUUCGCGUGGAUUGCCGUGCUGAGUUGUGGCUAUGUCCUCGUCCGGGUUUACAUCCUCGUUUACGAGCAAUGUGUAACCUGGAGAGGUAAAAGGCAGCGGCUCAGGCGAGGCCUCUGGGCUCAGAAAGAUUACGCGAGCUGGUUGAGUUCUGCUCAGGCGCUGGACGCCUAUUUGGGGAAUGACAAGUGGAAGGAAACAGACGAGUACGCUUACUAUGAUCACCUCACCAUCACCAAGGUCGUAGAUCAGCUGAAGACAGCAAGAUAUGAGGCCGAGCGUGAACUGAAUGGUGGCGAGACUUCGGCGAUCGAGGAGCUUAGUGCUUUGCUGGAAGCCUGUGUCAAGAACAAUUUUGCCGGCGUGGAGAAUCCUCGGAUGUACAGUGAGGCCUACUCUGGGACGAAAGACCUGGUACAGGAAUAUAUCGACGAGGUACAUACGUGCAUCGAACUGGUUCGUGACUACAGGCAAAUCGACCGAGAGAUCAAGUACCGCCUCUUCAAACAUCUCGAUACGAACUUUGGACGUACGGCGCUAUGUCUGUCUGGUGGGGCGACCUUUGCAUACUACCACUUCGGAGUGGUAAAAAGUUUGCUAGAAAAUGGGGUGCUGCCGGAGAUCAUUACUGGAACAUCUGGCGGAGCACUCGUCGCUGGUCUGGUAGCGACCCGAACCGAUGAAGAGCUGAAGCAGCUACUAGUGCCGGCUCUAGCACACCGAAUUCGGGCAUGCCACGAAGGGUUUUUCCAGUGGAGUAGUCGAUGGUGGAAGACGGGUGCUCGAUUCGAUACGAUCGAUUGGGCUCGACAGUGUUCCUGGUUUUGCCGAGGAUCUAUGACUUUCAGGGAGGCGUAUGAACGCACUGGCCGUAUCUUGAAUGUCUCUUGUGUACCCUCAGACCCUCAUUCGCCUACCAUACUCGCAAACUAUCUGACUGCCCCCGAUUGCGUCAUUUGGAGCGCAGUGUUGGCUUCAGCUGCAGUGCCUGGCAUCCUGAAUCCGGUGGUUCUGAUGACCAAGAAGCCCAAUGGUACCCUAGCGCCUUACUCUUUCGGACACAAGUGGAAGGAUGGUAGCUUGAGGACCGAUAUACCCAUCAAAGCGCUCAAUUUGCAUUUCAAUGUGAAUUUCACAAUUGUGUCACAGGUCAACCCCCACAUCAAUUUGUUCUUCUUCAGCUCACGAGGAACCGUGGGGCGCCCCGUCACGCACCGCAAGGGCCGUGGCUGGCGCGGUGGAUUCCUCGGUACUGCGAUCGAACAAUACAUCAAACUCGACUUGAAUAAAUGGCUCCGAGUCUUACGGCAUCUUGAGCUCCUCCCACGGCCUCUGGGCCAAGAUUGGAGUGAGAUCUGGUUACAGAAAUUCAGUGGCACGGUUACUAUCUGGCCUAAGAGCAUUCCCUCUGAUUUUGUCCACAUUCUCUCGGACCCUACACCAGAACGACUUGCGCGCAUGAUCCAUGUCGGUCAGCAAAGUGCAUUUCCCAAAAUUCAGUUUAUUACAAACCGCCUCAAAAUUGAAAAGAGUAUCAUGAGGGGCCUCCAACAACAUUCUACUACGGGAGGGCGCUCUCUUUCCCCAAUCUUGUCUCGGCGGAUGCAAGCUCCGGAGCUUGAGCCAUCAGAUGUUAUUUCUCAGAGAUUGGACGCAAGCUUUCCUGAACGUCACGAAGAUGGUGACUCGCGUUAUGUGGAUGUCUCCGAUAGCAUGUCCCAUUCAACGGCAUCCUCCCGCCCUCAGACCCCGACCCGGCGGGGCAGUCUCAUCGAGGAAAUUCGACGCCAGUCCGCGGUAUUCUUUGAUGAUACGGAUAUCUACGGUGACGACGAUGCCCUUGUCACCUGA